UGGGCAGACGCAGCAGCAAGCAGCAGGCAGCGAGCAGCAAGCAGCAGCAGCCACCCCCUCUUUAUAUAACUACCAGCGCCACCAGUUUCAGUUCAAAAACUCACAAACCGAUUUCGCCUUUUUCCCUUUUUUCUUUGUUGUAACUGUCAUUUGCCAAAAACGACUCACUAUCAGAAUCCACACACCCACUUUUCCCUCUUCGUCAUCGCCAUAUACAUAUACACUCACAUAUAUCUACACAUAUAAACCAUACCUGCCUUAUAUUUAAUCCAAAUGAAAGUGGAUAAACCCAAUCAAGAGGAACGAAACGAUCAGAUGUGCAGGAGAAUCGAGGUGGACGUCGUCGUCGACCAACGCGACUUCCUAUCUCCGGAACCAGAAUUACUUCCCGUCGCAGGAGAGGACCUUUCAUUCAUUCCUCCUUUGAACUUCUCUAUGGUCGACAAUGGUGUCUUCAGGUCUGGUUUCCCUGACUCCGCCAACUUCUCGUUUCUUCAAACACUUGGUCUUCGCUCCAUCAUAUGUAUGUGUCCGGAGCCAUAUCCGGAGGCCAACAUGGAGUUCCUUAAGUCUAAUGGAAUUAGGCUUUUCCAGUUCGGCAUUGAAGGUUACAAGGAGCCUUUCGUAAAUAUUCCGGAGGAUACCAUUCGCGAGGCACUAAAAGUUGUUCUAGAUGUGAAAAAUCACCCAGUUUUGAUUCAUUGUAAACGGGGGAAGCACCGAACUGGUUGUCUUGUGGGAUGUUUGAGGAAAUUGCAAAGGUGGUGCCUGUCAUCUAUCUUCGACGAGUACCAGCGUUUUGCUGCUGCAAAAGCCAGAGUUUCAGAUCAGAGGUUUAUGGAAUUGUUCGACACGUCCAGCUUGAAGCAUCUGCCAAUGUCAUUUUCAUGUUCAAAGAGGUAACUGGAUAUUGGUUUUGCUUCCUUAUGAUAGCAGAGGAGAAUCGUAGGUACCUGUAGGCUGUGUGGAAUAAAGUAGGAAAAGGUGAUGAGUUCCUAGGUUGCAUUUUGGCGGCGAAGGAAUUUUUUUCCCUUUUCCCCUCCUGAGAAUAAAUUGGCAAUAUAUUUUAUGUUAGCAUGUUCAGCAGCCCGAUUUCUCUGCCUUCUAUCCAUUGUUGCUCUGUACUCCCUGUCUUGUAUUUUCUUUCCAUUUUGUUUGUUAUAACUAGGCAGCCACCGUUUGUCGCCACAACAAUUUCCACAUAGAACUGGGUAGAGUUGUGCUCUAUAUUGUAACUAGAUUUGUUUGAGCUUUGUAGACUAUGCCAGGUUGUGUACACAGAUCAAGAAAACAGUCUCUCCAACACCAGUUAAUAUGGAAGGCAAGACAAGGCAAUUACAUAAUUGCUUAAUGUAUGGGAGAAUCUUAGUUGUAAUAUGAAGUGUUGAAACUUACCAAUUAGAUAUUGUUCGACCAAGAAUUGCCUAUUAGAUCUUGGGAGCUAA